UCCCCCUGGGCGGCGGGCUCGCGCCGCGCUCGGGGACACACGCGGGGGCUGCGCGGCCUCGUCCCUCGGCGGAGUCGGUGAGGACCAGCCCUGAGCGGUGGGAGUAUCAGAGACGAAGGAGGACCCUGUGGUCAGAGGGGCUGAGCUCUUUGUGUUCCUGAAAGGCAGAAUGGGCUGAACUGGGACUGACCUAAAUGUCCGCCAAAGGAGUCGUCCGGCAUGCUCUGCCCACCGCACGCCGAGGUGCCCUGACCAUGAGCCUCAACUCCUCCCUCGGCCACAGGAAGGAGCUGAGUAACCUCACGGAGGAGGGUGGCCAAGAGGGCGUCGUCGUCACCGACUUCGUCGCCAUCAUCAUCAUCACCAUCUCCGUCUGCCUGGGCAACCUGGUCAUCGUGGUCACCUUGUACAAGAAGUCCUACCUCCUCACCCUCAGCAACAAGUUCGUCUUCAGCCUGACCCUGUCCAACUUCCUGCUGUCCGUGCUGGUGCUGCCGUUCGUGGCCACCAGCUCCAUCCGGAGGGAAUGGAUCUUCGGCGUGGUCUGGUGCAACUUCUCUGCCCUUCUGUACCUGCUGAUCAGCUCGGCCAGCAUGCUCACGCUCGGGGUCAUAGCUGUCGACCGCUACUACGCUGUCCUGUACCCCAUGGCGUACCCCACGAAGAUGACAGGGAACCGAGCUGUGAUGGCGCUCGUCUACAUAUGGCUUCACUCUCUCAUCGGCUGCCUGCCGCCUCUCUUCGGCUGGUCGUCGGUGGAGUUUGACGAGUUCAAGUGGAUGUGUGUGGCUGCGUGGCACCGGGAGCCCGGCUAUACCGCCUUCUGGCAGAUCUGGUGCGCCCUCUUCCCUUUCCUGGUCAUGCUGGUGUGCUAUGGCUUCAUCUUCCGCGUGGCCAGGGUCAAGGCGCGCAAGGUGCAUUGUGGCACCGUGGUCAUUGUGCAGGAGGGCCCCCAGAGGAACGGGAGGAAGGACUCCAGCACCUCCACCUCCUCGUCAGGCAGUAGGAGGAACGCCUUUCAGGGCGUGGUCUAUUCGGCCAACCAGUGCAAAGCCCUCAUCACCAUCCUGGUGGUCAUUGGCGCCUUCAUGGUCACCUGGGGCCCGUACAUGGUCGUCAUCACCUCUGAAGCCCUCUGGGGGAAGAACCAUGUCUCCCCGGCCCUGGAGACCUGGGCCACGUGGCUGUCCUUCACCAGCGCCGUCUGCCACCCCCUGAUUUAUGGCCUCUGGAAUAAGACAGUUCGCAAGGAGCUGCUGGGCACGUGCUUUGGGGGCCGGUAUUCCCGGGGGCCGACUGCGCGGCGGCAGAGGACAUCCCGGCUCUUCAGCAUCUCCAACAGGAUCACAGACCUGGGCCUGUCCCCACACCUCACGGCGCUCAUGGCAGGCGGGCAGCCCCUGGGGAACAGCAGCAGCACCGGGGACACUGGCUUCAGCUGCUCCCAGGACUCAGGGACAGAUGUGAUGCUGCUCGAGGACUACGGGUCCGAUGAUAACCCUCCCUCCCACUGUACGUGCCCCCCCAGGAGGAGGAGCUCGGUGACAUUCGAGGAUGAGGUGGAACAAAUCAAAGAUGCCGCCAGGAACCCUCUCCUGCACGUGAAGGCCGAAGUGCACGAGUCCCUGGACAGCUACGCAGCCAGCCUGGCCAGGGUCAUCGAGGCCGAAGCCAAAGUCAACCUGUUCGGGGAGGAGGCUUUGCCGGGGGUCCUGGCGGCGGCGCGGACCGUGCCCGGGGCCGGCUUCGGGGGCCGCCGAGGCAGCAGGACCCUGGCCACCCAGAGGCUGCCGCUGCAGAGCAUCGCCGAAGGGAACAUCUAGGCCGCGGAACCGCGAUGAGAGCCCGGGACGGUCGGCCCGUCCCGCGGGGUCGCCCGGGGACCGAACGACACCUGAGGCCGCCGAACGGCGUGUCCGGUGAGACCGCGAUGGGCCCCUGGGACGUCCUGGCGGUGGGACCGGAGGCGCCUAAGGCGCGAAGGAGAGCGGACGGAGUGGGGCGCGGAGGGGCCGGAGCCCGGGGCUGGGCAGGAAACCGCCACGUGGCUGACUCCCUCCCACCACGGCUCCUGAGCCGGGACCCCGGCCGUGCGCCCUUCGGGGGACAGCCCUUCCUGGCCAACAGGGCCGUCCCCUGGCGUCUGCGCGGUUGAUGCGUCGCCCUGAACGGUGCCCAGGACACCCUGGAGCGGGGUGGCCCGGCGGCGUGGCCACACCUGCAUCCCGGUCAUGACCUUGCAGCCCGCUGCGGAGCCUCCCGCUGGUGCCGGAAGGGACCCUCCACGGGUCACCCCGCGGAAGCCGAGGCUGCCGUCCCCGAGAAGGGGGACCGUCCCGCCCACCUUCUGUUGACCGGUUCUCUGGUGUUUCAGAAGAAGGGGAAAACCACUAUAAAAGACACGAGGGAGGGGCAGGCGCCCGCUGUUUCAUUUCCGGAAUUAAAAGGACAAUCCGUCGGGUAGGACAGGCCACCCUCCGCCCAAGCACGAGGGAGGCUGCGGUGCCCAGCACGGCCGGGACCCAGAGCACAGGCUGCGGUGUCCCCGGGACUGGUCGGACGGCCGCCCCCAGCCGCACAGGGACAGCCCCCCUCACCCAGCGACGACUGCCGGUCCCCUGGCCCUGGGGGGUGAGGCAGGAUGGGGUGCAGACGUCUCGCCGCACCUGUGCUCCCGGCCCAGCUCCGCCUCUGCCGGCAUCGGGGACUUCCGGUCGCCCCUCUAAGCCGUGGGUCCGGAAACUGGGAUGGGGAAUGGGGGGUGGGAGGGGGUGGGAAGGUGGAUUUGAAGGGUCUCCAAGAUUAUUUCCAACUGUGAUCGUUCAUGUUCUCUAUCUGUAGUUUAGAAACGGGGGUGGGGGGGUGGGGAGCGGACCCUCCCACGGUGCAGGCGCGUCUUCCCAGAUGGUUUCUGACCGGUGCACGCGGCCCUGCGGGGGCGCAGCGGGUGGGCCAGUCCGACCUGUCCAGCAGGGUCUGGCCGAACCCCAGAUGCGGGGCGCACGGAGUGGAGCCUCGGGAAUGGGGUUUGUACGGCCAGACUUUGCCCGUCUCCCCUUCGGGUUUGGGACCUUGGCUGAGUCUGGGCUUGCGGUUGCGCUGCGGUGACGGAGGCCGCCGGAUCGCCCGUGUCCGCCCUUCGGCCUGGGUGCUCGGCUAAGUGGGUGCCGAACUCCCGCCGUCCCAGUUCGAGGCGGUUCGCAGGGGGCAGGUUCCCGGAGCUCCGGCCGCCCCGGCCACAGGGCAGCUGCUCCGGAAAGCGCGCCCCCUUUGCGCGGGGCGUCCUAGCUCCCGGUGACCGUCGCCCGUGAGCCGCAGGGCCCCUGGUCCGCCGAUUUGUGCCGGUCCGCUACCGGGCGGCCGGCGUUCCUGGUCUGAGGGCAUUUUGUUUCCGGUGUGUGUUUGCCUUCCGACACCUGUCUACUAAGGGACCACGUUCCUGACCAACUAACAUGCACAGAGGUGGCCUUUGCGUCGAGGCUGGAGUAACCCGGGGUGGCUUGUCCUUUAGGCCUUUCUGAAAGCGGCACAUUGGCCUGAAGAGCGCUCCCCACUCCCCCCGCCCCGCCCCGCCCCCCCGGCUGUGCUCGCCGGAGUCUGGAGACCCCAAGCCCCACUGGCGGAUCUCAGACUAGGGGACACAUGAGGGCUUCGCCUGAGCCUGUCCUUGCCGAGAGAUUUGUUUCCCUUUUCUCUGUCGUCGCUCCCAGCGUCUGCGGACUGUGUGCAGUGUCGUCGCUCAUUAUAAUGUAGGGAGAAGCCUGGGCCUUACUGAUGAGUCAAGUCCUUCUUCGUUCCCCAGAGGGAGGCGGGUGUCGCCGGGUUGGGGACGCCUGAGUGAGAGCGGGGGGGGCGGGGGCGGGGGGGAAGGGGUGACGGCGAGAGAGGAAGGGGCCAUAGUCCCCACCGUCCUGAAGGCUCCGAGAGGCCUUUUUGAGGACCUGCGUUCUUGGUGCAGAAGGUCAAAACCCCGGCUGCCCCCCCACCCCCACCCUGGGCCCGUCAGCUUCGCGGCGCUGGGCGGGGGCAGCCUGAGACCCUCCCGGGGGCACGUGGACAUGCGGGCACACGGUUGUAAAACCUCGGCCCGUGCCUCGCCGUCUAGGCCCAUCUCUGCCCCUUUCAUCGAGGUUGUCACUUGACUGGGUGGCUGCGCUGUGCCCGGGGUCUGGGGGCUCUGGUGGCCCCACGACAGAGCACGCAGCCCACACCGGCGGACACACCUAAGCCCGCCCUGGGCCGGAGGCGCGGAGCUCAGGCGCUCGGGGCGCGGGCCGCUAAGUGGCAGCAGCGUGGCUGCGGUGCCGCCCGCCGUUCUAGAAAACCCGAAGGGCAAAGCUGAAGGCGCCUUUGCUUUCAGCGGAGCACGUGCUCCGAACGCUUCGACCCCUCUGCCGCCUUCGGCCUUCAAGGCCCCCCGCUUUCUCGGUCCACGGUCGUGCAGGGGAGGAGGGCCUGCGGGGUGUACGACCAGGGCCCCUGGUGCUUGUUCUCAGUUGCCCUGCCCCGUGCUGCGGUGCACUGCGUAGACCUGAGCCGCCCGCGACGCUCACUCCGCACUCGCGUCAGGCCGAGGCCUUGGGGUGCGGUGGGG